AUGGCUACGAAGGUGUUGAUGACAUCCAACGGGGACAAGGUUUCCCGGAACAUCGCUAUCCAGCUAGCCAAACACGUUACAAGCAAGGUUAAUGGAAUAUAUAUCAGGUUGGUUUUGUUGGGAGAUGAGGCUUCUCUAAGGAGCAUUGUGGACCACAUACGAGUGUCUGUAGAUGGAGCCUUCCCAGUGUUGCUCAUUGGAGUCGACAUGGAAGAUGAUAGUGAGGAAGCUUUCUAUGUUGCUGUCCAAAAGGCAUGGACUUGUCUGGGCUCUUUGGAUGCUUUUAUCAAUUGCUAUACCUACCAAGGAAAGAUGCAGGAUAUUCUUCAAGUCCCUGAAGGUGAAUUCAAGAAAAUCACAAAGAUCAAUCUCACAGCUCCAUGGUAUCUCUUGAAGGCUGUGGCAAGUACGAUGAAGGAGCAUGGAACAGGAGGAUCCAUUGUCUUUUUGGCCACGAUCGCUAGUGGGGAGAGAGGACUUUACCCUGGAGCUUAUGCCUAUGCUACAGCUGCAGCUGGAAUUCACCAGCUGGUUCGGGAGUUACAGUUUCAAUUGUCUUCUGGCUCUUUGAGCCUAAAGCUCAAAUACUAA